CCUUACUCUCAGGAAGGUCAGCUGAUCAUUUAUCAGUGUGGCGACCAUCAGACUGUCAGUUUCACCACGCAACGAAAAGAGUUCGACGCAAUAAAGCCGAUCGACCCUCCUUAGAGAGAUGGCAGACACCAACCAACAAAGCCCUCCCCCCACGCCAGGGCCUGUGCAAUUUCUAAUGAGUAACAAGCUGGAAACUGCGAUGUGGCUGUCCCGACUCUUCACUGUCUACUGCUCAGUAAUGUUUAUCCUACCCAUCUUAGGACCGUAUGCAGCAGCCAACUUCUAUCAGCGGGCUUUGUUGGCAAACGCCCUCACCAGUGCACUUCGCUUGCACCAAAGGCUUCCACGUUUCCAGUUAAGUAGAGCUUUCCUGGCUCAGGCUCUUCAGGAGGACAGCUGUCAUUACCUGCUCUACUCCCUCAUCCUAGUCAACUCCUACCCCAUCACAAUGAGCAUUUUCCCAGUCUUCCUGUUUUCUUUGCUUCAUGCAACUACAUACACAAAGAAAGUCCUUGAUUCCAUGGGCCCCAGUAGUCUGAUGUUCGUUAGAAAUCUCCUCGACAAACUGACAUCCAAUCAGCAGAACAUCCUGAAAUUCAUUGCCUGUAAUGAGAUCUUCUUGAUGCCUGCCACUGUUUUCAUGCUCUUCAGUGGCCAGGGAAGCUUGCUGCUGCCUUUCAUUUACUACAGAUUCCUCACUCUCCGCUACACAUCCAGAAGAAACCCUUACUGCCGCACCUUGUUCACAGAGCUGAGAAUUCUUCUGGAACACCUCAUCAUGAAGCCUGCCUGCCCCGCCUUCUUCAGAAGGAUGUGCCUCAGCAGUAUCGCCUUCAUCAGCCGCCUGGCCCCCACAGGAGUCUGAUUAAACUACCUAAACUUUGACUUCUCCUCAUUUUUUUUUGUGUUUUUCCCAGCAUAUAUGAUGUGACUUAAACUUUGAUGGAGACAGACGACACCAACAGAAGGAACUGUUUUUAUGAAUGUCAACCUUGUAGUCUGCUCCAACUUUUCUGUAUAUUUAAGUACAGGUGAAGACCAGCCAGUAAAGCACUGAAGUCUGAUUUUCUUCCCCCCUCCCUUUUCUUAAUGUGACCUCGUUCAAGCAGUGGACGUCCCUCACUACUGUUAUGUUCACUGAACAGAGCACAGGCGACAUUUACUGCGUUCUGUUUUUUCCUUUAUGCCCUUAUUUAUUCAUGACUUAUUAUUCUAUGAUGAAACAUUAACAUUCUGAGAUUAAUAACUUAAAUGAAAAUGUGCUUAUGCUUAUACAUUCUUAAAAUGUCUUUUUUUUUUUUUUUUUUUUUUAAUAAUCUGCUAUGUUUGGAUGGAUGAGGAUGCAUUUUAUGUGACGUUUCUACCUUGUCUAACUUCUUUUUAAAUGUGGAAAACAUCUGAUUUGUCUCGAUGCCUAACUUUAAAUGUUUUCUGUUAAUGCCAUUAGCUCUCACCUAUAACAUGCAUCUAGGUCUGCCGUCACAGCGGAGGUGGAAUUUAGAAACAAGAUACCUGCUGUAUUUUAUAGAAUAUUUAAGGUACCAGAAAUUUUGUUGUAGGUUUCAUAUUUGAAAACAGUUGCACAAUGCAUGUCAUGCAGUAAGUGAACAUUGUACUGCUUUUGAAUGCAUUCUGAUCUUGUCUCAGUUUAAAACUGUAGUAAUUAUUUAAUUCACUUAUCAGUUGCUAUAUUAGGUUUCUGGCAUAUUGCAUGCUCCGAUUUUCUGCCAUGUUACAUGUUUAUUUGCCUACAGACAAACCACAUUUUUAUGAAAAAAAUGAAAUGAGUGUUAAAUUCAACUAAUAAAAUAUUAAAGGAUAGUCAUGUG